AAUAAUUAUGCUUGGCGAAGGACGCUUUAAGUAAUGAAUAUUCAUUACUCAAAGCAAGACCCGCCUUUCUGAAUAAUCCAAUGGGCGCAGUUUUGACGUCGUCUCGAGGAAGUGUUCCGAUCGUGUACAGAUGACAGCUGAACAGAGACUGUUUAACCGGUUAGCCCUGUCUCCGUCUCGAAACAUAUAGCAAUGGAAGUACUUAUAUCCUACAUUCAGAGUCAAAGGGGAUAACGCCUGCUGCAUUGCUAGCCACACGGUGGGCUAAAUAUCUAGUUUGUUUGAAAGGAUCGGGAUCAAGCUUGAUUGAGAUGGAGGAUUCUGUAGAGUCUAAGUUGACGCUAAAGUCCGAUGCAAGCUCAGAGCCUUUUUCCUACUGUUGCUCAGCCUGUGAUUGUAGUGAGGAGCCUUUACGUGGAAAAGUGUUCCGGAACAGAACUAAAGCCAGGAGUAUGUCCAUGCCAUCAGCACCCAGCUCUGCCAAGUUCAGGUAAAACAAGACUCUCUCUGUCAAGGAGGACACAGUCACUUCAUGGACCAAGCCCUGUCACCACAUUUGGGCCCAAAGCCUGCAUGCUGAAGAAUCCUAAAGCUGUCAUGCAUAUUCAAGAUCCAGCCAGUCAAAGGUUGACAUGGAACAAGCCACCCAAAAGUGUCCUUAUUAUAAAGAAAAUCAGAGACGCCAGCCUGCUACAGCCUUUCAAAGAACUCUGCAUUUUUCUGACACAGCAAAAAAAUAUGAUUGUCUAUGUGGAGAGAAAAAUCAUUGAAGAUCCAGCCAUUGCUAUUGAGAGCUUUGUCUCUCUUAAGAAGAAAAUUUGCACUUUUAGAGAAGAUUAUGAUGAUAUUUCCAAUUGUGUCGACUUCAUCAUUUGUUUGGGAGGAGAUGGGACUUUGCUGUAUGCUUCUUCUCUCUUCCAGGAGAGUGUGCCUCCUGUCAUGGCCUUCCAUUUGGGUUCUCUGGGAUUCCUUACGCCAUUUAAGUUCGACACAUACCAAUCUCAGGUCACCCAGGUUAUAGAAGGAAAUGCCGCAGUAAUUCUACGCAGUCGCCUAGAAGUGAAGGUAAUGAAAAAAAAUAGAGAGAAGGAAUCUGUGGAGGAAAUCAGUUUGGUCACUAAUGGAGACAAAACUAUGCAUUAUCAAGUGCUGAAUGAAGUUGUUGUAGACCGAGGUCCAUCUUCGUACCUCUCUAAUGUGGACUUGUUUCUGGAUGGUCAUCUGAUCACCACUGUUCAGGGAGAUGGUGUGAUAGUGUCCACUCCCACAGGAAGUACUGCAUACGCAGUAGCAGCAGGUGCCUCUAUGAUCCAUCCAAAUGUUCCAGCCAUCAUGAUCACACCAAUCUGCCCACACUCCCUGUCUUUUAGACCCAUCGUAGUGCCUGCUGGUGUUGAGCUCAAGAUUACGCUGUCUCAUGAUGCCAGAAACAUGGCCUGGGUGUCUCUCGAUGGCAGGAAAAGGCAGGAAAUUGCCUAUGGUGACAGUAUUACCAUCACAACGUCAUGUUUCCCCGUUCCUUCCAUCUGUUUUCGUGAUCCCGUGAAUGAUUGGUUCGAGAGCCUGGCCCAAUGUUUACACUGGAAUGUUCGCAAGAAACAGAGUCAUCUGAGUUCUGAAGAGGAAGAGUUCUGACCUCAUUCCAAGCUUUUACAGCACGGAUACUUAGCUAUGUUAUUUUUUUGUCUUUCAAAGGUUUAGUACAUGCAGUAAUGUUUUCUCUGUUUGCCAUAACUAUCUAAGUGAAUCUCAUAAAAACAACAUCUUAUUUAAACUAAAAAUUAUAUUUUGCUUAUUUUUUUUUUUUAUAUUAAAUAUUAAAUAUUUUUCCAUUGUGACUUUUUUUUCUCCCCACACGAAAACUUUGUUGUGUGUGUAUUCUCUCUCUCUCUCUCUCUCUCUCUCUCUCUCUCUUGUAAAUUCUCUUUAGAGAUUUUUACAAUUUUAUUCACUAUGCUAAUGAGAAUUUGGUGGAAAUGUGUGGAAAAUUGCAUCAUUCCUUUCUUAUAAAAUCUUAAUUUCUUCUUUUGGGUGAAAUAUGACCUUAAUUGUUAUGUGAUGGUGUGUAAAGCAAAGCGCACAACAAAAUAGUUAUUUUAAGUGAAAGUGACAAAUGAUGUGACAUACAGCCAAGUAUGGUGACCCAUACUUAGAAUUCGUGCUCUGCAUUUAACCCAUCCUAAGUGCACACACACAGCAGUGAAC